AUGCCCCCCAUUCGUGCGCUAGAUGACUGGGCUACCAGCCAUGCAUACACCCUCGCUCUAUCCAGCCUGAAAGGAACCGUGAUAGGCAUUGAUGCCACCUACUACCUCCACCAACACCUUCACCACCCAUCCACUCGUGAACCCCUCCUAAUUGCCCUCGGCGGUUUCCCCUUUGCGCUUAGAGCGAAUAUUGAGCGAGAGCUCAUGGAGCUCAAGGAGUUGGGGAUUGGACUUCUUUUCGUCUUUGACGGUCUCCAAUUCGGUGUCGAAGAUUCGCAGAACCGUGUACGGAACGAUUCGAGACGAGCCGAUUCUGCGCGUGCCUUUGAACAAGCGUGGGAACUGUAUGAUCAGCAGCAGGCUGAUCAGGUGGUCGAUGCGUUUAGCAAUGCUGGCAACCCCGAACCAGUCGAGUUCUACCGAUUCCUGCAACGAAUUCUCUUCGAAAAUAGUGUCGAUUUCUUCGUAGCCCCUUAUAGCGCUGCCGCCCAGCUCAAGUAUUUCGAGAGCACUCCGAAACCUUUCAUUGACUUUGUCUGGGGAUCCACAGAUGUCCUUCUAUUCGACAUUGAGAAAGUCAUCCUCAAACUCGAUCUCGAAGCUGGCCAAUUCCUCUGGAUAUCCAAGGAACACUGCAAGGAGGAACUCGGUCGACUCACCAACGAGCAAUUCCUUGACUUUGCCUUGCUGCUAGGCUCUCGCUAUCUUCGCACGUUCCCUCCAUUCGAGAAUUCUACUUUUCCCAGCAAGCCAUGGAAUGUUUCUAACGCAUUGACUAUUUUCAACGGCGCAAAUCGCCAUGCCACUACAUUAUGUUCACAGUUCGAGGAGGACCGCCGCGUGCAGGAUCUUCAGUAUCUUGACCGCUAUAAACGAGCCUAUAUGUCAAUCAAGCAUCAUGUGAUUGCCGAUAACGAAGGUCGAGUCGGUCCCUUGGAUCCGGAAACAGCUCCAUCAGACGUACAUGAACUAAUUGGGCAGCGUCUACCGGAGGAACUUUACUAUUACAUUUCUAGAGGUGUCUUGGGUCCCAACAUUCCCAACUAUCUAACCACCGGUCAGCUUACUGUACCAUUACCCUUUGGCGUUGAGGACUCCGAAGUUUAUCGUCGUCUCGCCGGUGAUUCACUCAUGCCAAUUCGCGAACAAGCUGUUGGCUUGCUCUCUAACUGCCUUCAUCGAUUCUAUCAGACCAAGGUCAUCAACGUCCGACUUUGGCAUGAGGAGAACUCCACCCGAACAAUCAACCUCAAAACAUUACCCUCAGUCAGAGAUUCUAUUAGAAGCUGGAGAAUUAGUCAUAAAGAGUUGCCCAGUGAAUUGGCCACCCUUGAGACCCCUCGUGGAUCGCUGAAAUUUGCUGCCGGGAGCUUGAAGAACUCGGAAUUCGUGUCAAAGACAUUUUAUACUAAAGAAGCUGUCACACUAUCAUCGGAAGACGAGAUCCUCCAUCAGACUCUGUUAGCGUUCCUGCAGCUCCGGGGCUACGUGAAUAGCAAGCACGAGCUCACAGAAUGGGGAAAGUGCUUUACUGAAGCGAUCAAGGUACUCGACUCUGCUAAAGGACCAGUCGAUUCUCAGUCUUAUGAAAACGUCCUUACUGCUGUUGAAAUGCUGCGCAUGGGAGUUUUGGGUACCAGCAAUUGGUUCCCACACCACUCGGGUGGUCCAAUGCGAGGCUCAGACGAGGACAAGUCCUACAACCUCCUCAUCUCGCGAGUCGCAUGUAUUGGAAAGCUAAAGCACAAACCUAUUGGCUACUCAGGACCACUCAGUCGCCAGCUUUUAUCUUUCCGCUCUUUGAUUUCUGCUGUCCGACGGACAUUGCGGGAGCUGAUUGAAGUAGUACUCACCUCGAUGCUAUUGAGUGGCGAGGUAGAUCGAAGCAUCAGCAGCGAAGGACUGACAUCAAUCAGUUUCAAGUUGCCGUUUAUCGACGAUAAUGAUUGUGGUCUUGGUAUUGCAGUACGGACCUAUCUUGAUGACCUGCUCUACCAGCCGGAAUCAUCGUCACCUAAAACUCGUGAAGAGGUUAGGGCUAAAGGCAAAGAAUGGUUCCAGCACAGUGAAAGUUUCGAAGCGAAUCUGGAUGCCGCUUUUACUCUAUGGGAUGCGGUUUAUGUGGCUUCCCAAACCGCACCCAAAGACUUCAAGGCGCCUAAAGUGUGGGAUGAUGCCAACAAAUGGCUGGCUAGUCAUCGAUGA